UCGACAGUUAGCUAAUACAAGGCGUGGUGAUUAUUAGGUUGCUUCAUAGUUUUUUUGGGUCUAUAUUAAUGGGCCAUUAUUGAGGGUUGCUUACAAGUAUUAAUGGCCCCAUGGAGCUGCCGUUAACAUAGUGAUUUUAGAGGCGAUCAUAGAGGCAUUUCGUCGAACAGUUGGUGAAAAACGUAAUAAAAGGAAGCAAGACGAAUUUCUCCGCACUAGCUGAGAAAUGCAAAGUACGUUUGGAACUGGCAAGGCUAGUAGUUGAAACUUUGUUUUGCUCAUGUAUGUUUAUCGACGUAAUUGGUGCCAAUAAAGAAAUAGACAUGAAGGUUUUGGAGCUGUCAAAAACAGAUCCAUUAGGGUCUUGGUCUACAAAAGCUUGUGGAUGGAAUCAACAAGAACGAGUCUAGAAGACGGGCUUUGAUUCUUUUCUUUUUACAUAAACGCAAGGGAUGCUUACGGAGUGAGGAAGAAGCUGGAGAUGAGUAUCAAUGGAGAGAGUUUAGGUUUGAGUUCGAAGAAGAGGUGAAAGACGUUGAAGCUUUUUCCUAUCAGCUUGUAGGAAUGGAACAAGUUCACUAACCAUACCGGUUUGUGCUUUCAAUUACAGUUUCUUAAGAAUCACGAACCGAACCGGUUUACAUUUUUGGUUAAAUGUGAUAAUCAGAUGGCCGCCCAUUUUUAAAGUCAACGUUUUCUCAUUAGAUAUACAAAUCAUUACUCUCUUGAUCUGGUAAAAUAUCUGUGAUCUAUACAUCUUCUCUCUAAUGGAUCUUUACCUUCUCCUUGUGACAGUUGUUGCUACCAUCUUUACGCUUUUGUUUAGUAGAAUCUUUUUUAUUGUUUAUGGGAAGUUCAAAGUUCACGAGAACAAAAUAAUUAUUGCUUCUUCUCCUUCUUCAUCAUCAUCUCCACCAUCUCUCCAGUCGUCUUUGCCUAUACACGAUGUCUUCCCGAGCUUCCACGGAGCAGAUGUCCGUAAAUACUUUCUCAGUCAUCUUCUCAAGGAGUUUGGGAGCAAAGGAAUCAACCUGUUCAUCGAUAACGACAUCACUAGAGGAGAGUUCAUCGGCCCUGAGCUCAAAAAGGCAAUUCGAGGAUCAAGAAUCGCCAUCGUGUUGCUCUCUAAAAGAUACGCUUCUUCCUCUUGGUGUCUCGACGAGUUAGUGGAGAUUAUGAAGUGUAAAGAAGAGAUAGGUCAAACGGUGAUGCCAGUUUUCUAUGAAGUGGAUCCAAGUGAUGUCAAGAAGCAGGCCGGUGAGUUUGGGAAAGUCUUUAAAAAAACUUGUAAAGGUAAAACAAACGAGGUUACUAGGAAAUGGAGUCAAGCUUUGGCACAAGUGGCCACACUCGCUGGUUACCAUUCAAAGAACUGGGAGACUGAUGCAAAAAUGGUCGAAGAUGUUGUUAACUCCACGCCGUCAAGAGAUUUCGACGAAUUCAUUGGGAUGGAAGCUCAUAUGGAGAAUAUUUCACCGGUUUGUUCAGACGACUACAAUAUGAAGUUGUAUUUGCAGCAAAUUAAGUUUCUGUCUCAACAACUCAACCAAAAGGAGGAGGAUUUCAAGAUUUCUCACUUGGGAGUUGCACGAGAAAGACUGAAUGACAAGAAAGUUCUUGUUGUUCUUGAUGAUGUUGAUCGGUUAGUACAACUAGAAGCCAUGGCCAGAGAAACUCGGUGGUUUGGUGAUGGAAGUCGGAUUAUCAUUACGACGCAAGAUCGAAAGAUUCUGAAGGCGCAUGGGAUUACUCAUAUUUACAAGGUUGAUUUUCCGUCAGACUGUGAAGCUAUUCAGAUGUUUUGUAUGUAUGCUUUUGGCCAAAAGUCCCCUAAAGAUGGUUUUGAGUACCUUGUAUGGGAAGUUACAGAUCUUGCCGGUAAACUCCCUUUGGGACUAAGGGUUAUGGGAUCUUAUUUCCGUGGAAUGUCCAAGCAGGAGUGGCAGAAUUCACUACCACAGCUAAGGAGAUGCCUUGAUGGAGAAAUUGGGAGCAUUUUGAUGUUCAGUUAUACUGCACUAUCUCACGAAAAUAAAGAUUUGUUUCUUCAUAUAGCCUGCUUUUUCAACUUUGGAUUGAUAGAGAGAAUGAUAGAGCAUCUUUCAAAGAGAUUUUCUGACGUCAGGCAACAGCUUAACGUAUUAGCUGAGAAGUCUCUCAUAUCUUUGGAAAGUGGAGAUGUGAUUAUGCACGAUCUGCUAGUCCAGCUGGGUAGAGAUAUUGUCCGCAAACAGUCCAGUGAGCCUGGACAACGCCAGUUUCUUGUCGAUAAAAGAGAGACUUGUGAGGUUCUUGCUGAUGAUGCAGUGGGUAGUAGAAGUGUUAUUGGCAUAAAUUUCCGGGGAGACGAUAUAAAUGUGAGUGAGAGAGCCUUUGAAGGAAUGUCUAAUCUCCAGUUCUUAAGAUUGAAAGUGGAACGUGAUGGCGGAGGAGAUGAAUUUCAUCUAUUUGGUGGACCAAGCUAUUUAUCUCGUAAACUAAGAUUACUAGAAUGGAGAUAUUUUCCGAUGACAUGUUUGAAUUGUAUUCCCAACCCAGAGCUCCUCGUGGAACUAAUCAUGGUUUGCAGCAAUCUUGAGAAGUUGUGGGAUGGAACUAAACCACUUAGAAAUCUCAAGUGGGUGGAUUUGUGGGGUUCAAAAAACUUGAAGGAUGUUUCUAGUCUCUCAACUGCCACUAGUCUAGAGGAAUUAGAUCUCACAGGAUGUUCAAGUUUAAUGGAGCUUCCAUCUUCUAUUGGAAAUGCCAUUCAUCUCAAAAGUUUGGAUCUCGGUGGAUGUUCAAGUUUGGUGGAGCUUCCUUCCUCUAUUGGGAAUGCAACUAAUCUCCAGUUUCUGUCUCUUAGAAGUUGUUCAAGUUUGGUGGAGCUACCCUCAUGUAUUGGAUAUGCCAUAAGAAACCUUGAGGAAUUGGAUUUUAGUGAUUGCUCAAGUUUAGUGGGAGUUCCUUCCUCUAUUGGAAACACCACUAAUCUCACCCGUUUGGAUUUUAGUAGAUGCUCAAGUCUUGUGGAACUUCCUGCCUCUAUUGGAAACCUCCAGGAACUAGAGACUUUGCUUUUGAAAGAAUGUUGCAAGCUGGAGGUUCUUCCUGCCAACAUCAACUUGAAAUCUCUGAGUGAACUUGAUCUCACUGAUUGCUCCUUGGUGAAAAUUUUUCCUGAGAUCUCGACAAACAUCAAAUCUAUGAAUCUCACUGGAACUGCGGUUAAACAAGUUCCUUCAUCUAUCAGGUUGUGGCACAACCUAAUUGAUCUGUUCAUGAUCAACACAGAAAUACAGGAAAUUUCUCCUUCGAUCAAGAUAACAUCUCGUCUUCGUCGUCUUGUACUCAAGGGAUGCAAAGAUCUUUUGGCACUCCCACAGCUUCCAAGUUCCUUAUUAGAGCUAGACGCAGAAAACUGCGAGUCUCUUGAGAGACUAGACUGCUCCUUUCUUAAUCAAAAGAUUGAUCUCAACUUCGCCAACUGCUUUAAGCUGAAUAAAGAAGCCAGAGAUGUCAUCAUUCAGACCUCGACUAAUAAAGUAAAGACCUUACCCGGUAAAGAAAUGCCUAACUACUUCAAUUAUCAAGCUAAUGGAGGUUCCCUAGUAAUUAAGUUGAACGAGAGGACUUCACCUUCAUCAAUGAUAUGUAAGGCUUUCAUCUUGCUGGUUUGUAAAGAUGAGGUUGAAGCUGCUAAAGGAGAAUAUGUGCGCGUGUAUCAUGGGAUUAAACAGAAUAGACUCGACGUCCGGUGCAGUCCUAGUCUCCGCAUUCUGUAUCGCCCUUUAACGGAACAUCUAUACAUCUUUGAAUUCCAAGCAGACAUGACCUCAGGCGAGCUUUUCUUUGAAUUUAAGAUCAACAUUGACGAAUGGCCGAUAAAUAAAUGGAUGAUAAAAGAAUGUGGAGUUCAUUACAAUAAUAGUUGAUGGGUUGAUACAUGUAGUGUUGUGUUUUUCUUGGGGGUAUGGUUAUCAGUCGUCCUGUUGCAGCGGUUCGAUAACGGUUUAGUCUUGUUCUUGUCAAGUUUUUAAGCUAUAUAAAUGGGAACAAAUUAUAAAUCUUAAUCGAAAAUAUUUGCUCUA